GUCGUGAAAGUUCGUAAUUUAUCCAUCUUGAAAAAUUUUAGAUUGUUGCUCUUUCCUUUCAUUGUUCUUUUAUUGCGGUCGGUAGUGUUUUUGUAUAUGAUUAUCGUUGAAAGGGCUUUUAGUUUCAAAACAAAAAUCUUACCUUUAAUAUUUUGGUCUAGAGACAAGCAAAAUAUCAGGCUUGCAAAUUCUUAUGAAAUUAUCAUUCAGCACGCCCAAUAUUCUAAGUACUUUUCAAUAUUUUACACCCUAAUGAAGAUAUGCCAAAUCUGUCUGUAAUAUAUUUUGGUCUCGAAUACGCCCUCUCCGCUUGCAGUCGCAGGAAGCUUUCAGGAAGGGAACGCGUCUUUUUUUUAAGAAUCAUGGAAAUGAUAAAUCCGAGCCUCAAAACCCUUAAAACUAAGAAACGUCUAAGAAACAUUGCAAGGCUCAGAUAGGGGGAUAGGGGAGAAAAAAUAUCGUCGAAUAAAAAUCGCAAGUAGAAUAAAAAUCGCAAAUUGCUGUUUUCCGAUGGGAAACGUGAAUAACGCUAGGCGACCUCGGGAUGCUUGUUGCAUUUUACCCAUUGGAUGACAUAAAGAAAAAUUUAAGGAAUUCUUCGGAAACAUUCAUGGCUCAUUUGAGGCAAUCAAGAAACUUUGAGCCUACCUUGUGUGACGUGUUUCUUUUAAAAAGAUGUAUAUUCUUAUUCAGAAACCCUCAACCGCAACUGUUCAAAGGUUGUAUGUCUAAGCCUAUCCUGCCUAAUGAAAAAGUAGGGGGGAAAUUCGGGAAGAAUUCCAGAAAUUGUUUCUCAUUUAUGCAACGAAAUGAUUCAACCCCCUCCUCAAUUUCGGCAAAAUUCGACUAUUACAUCGAUAUGGGAGUACAUUGUCGAGAUGCUACGUCUGAACUCUUAUGCUACGCUUUUGCAUAAUAACGGUGAAAAACGUGAUAACGGUGAGAAGAAUAGACUUGCUUACGAGAGGAAGCCCAAAGAACGCAAAUCGACGAAGGAAAACAAGUACAAAGAAAAAGAAAGUAUUUGUAAAAAAAUAUAUCGACCGUCUCACUUUCAAAACUUCGACCCUCUCAGAAACGAGGCUACAUCAAGGCAAAUGGCGGCUGAACACGAGCCCCGCGAAAAUGGAAAUAGUAGCGGAUUAUUUGGAAAAGGGAGUUUUAUAUUUGGCAUAACAACUCUGUCGUUGUUUGCUGGUUUUGGGCUUACAUUAGGGCGUGUAAGGAAGAAAAACCCCACAGAAUUUGGUGAGCUAGGGGCUACUAAACUUGCUUUAAAGGCACUUGGAAUUGGUACGGUCUUAAGUAUCGCUGGGUGCGGAUUUCUUGUUUUGGCAACAAAGUGGGCACUAGGAGUGCGCAAUGUUGAAGAGUUUUCUCUACUUAUGACGGGAAGUCUACCAUCAAAAGACGGAGACUUGGUUCAAAAAUUUGAGAAAUGGAGAAUUCCUAGAAAGUCUAGUGCAGAUGACGUAAAAGAGUGGGAGGAUGCUAUAUCAAAGUAGCAAAAUUUCAUAUGAUGUCAGAGAAGUCGUUAAGAAUUAUUGAAAGACUUUAUUGGAGCAGUAUGUCAAAGAGCUAACUUUGCUAACAAUAAAGAUGGAUGUCAGUUUGUGACUGGUUGUGACAUGAUUGGAGUGUUGAAGAAAUUUAGAAAAAAAUCGUGAGUUUAUCUAUUAUAUAUAUAAAAUGAAAGACCUUGCACACUCAUUGUACACAUCAUAACUCAUACUCAUUGUAUAUAUUACACACCAUCUUUAUAACUCUACUUUGUGUUGUAGCCAGGGCUCCAAACAAGGAGAGGCUGGUACUUGUGGUAGUGUUUUAGAAUGAUCUAGUUUGCCUCUGCCUUUAGUUUGAACAUAUAUUCUACCCAAGGAAAACAUUAGUUGAGCAGAGCAAUGAAAUUGAAGUCUGUAAAUUUCAGUGUGCAAUUUAGAAUCAGAUUUAUUAAGUAGGUUAAUUCACCUUUUGUAGAAUAGGACACUGAAUGUAAAAGGAGAUUUGUAAUUUUAAUUUGAUGUUUACAAAACAAAAACUAUGUUCAACUGAAGCCUUUUUCCUUUAUUAUUAUUAUCAUAUAGUGUUAUAUUUAUAGAUCAUUCAAGUUGUGCUUAAAUGGGGGCAGUGAAGGCAAACAAAGCAAGGACUGUCUACUAAGAGUAUAUUUUGUACGCUGAAUGUCUCUUUUUGCUCCCUUUAAAUUUUUUGGAUUUGAGAACCAUUUUUCAAUGAUGUAGAGCUAAAGAAUUGUUACAAGUGUGAAUUUACUGACUAAAUUACAUCUUAAGUAAUGUUAAUGUUGUAUCUAGUCAUUAAGGUGUUACCACUUCAAACAUGCUUAAACAAUUCUCAGAUUCUCCAAAAAAACUUCUUGAAUACCUUUUUGUAUGCUGUACUGAUGUGUCAAGUUAACUGGGCUUCUUCUUUUCAAUUAUCUCUUUAUUUGCCUCAUUUAUCACCAUAGCAUUCGAUUCUUCCUCUUCAAUUUCAAUGUCCUUAGUGUGCACAGGAAAAGGGAAUUCUUCCAUUCUUUGUAGGAUGCCGUCUUUUGUUAAUUCAUUUUCAAUCUCAAUUAGUCUGCUGGCUGCUCCAGCGCUUUCUUCAUGAACCAGGGGUCCUAAGGCUAUGAAUGUUGAUCCAGCUGCUACUGCCUAUGAUUUCAAUUUAUAAAAUCUGUUAAUCCAAGUUCAUUUAAGCUUUGCAUAGUUAACAUCAAUGCACUUAUUGUGCCACAUCAUCUUAAAUCAAUAAGCUGUUUUAUUCAUUAACAUUAAUAUUAUGCACUUUAUAAUAUGCUGCUAUAUAUAAGUGUUUUCAUAAUUUCAAAAUUAUUUCAAAUUGUCUCAUUGAUUGAGCUUGAUGAAAGAAUGAAGAAUUGAAUGUAACAAAGUUGCAUUAAAGUGUCAACAAGUCAAUUUUAAAAAAAAAUAAAGGAGGCAAUUCAUGUAAAAUUUGAUGUUGCAAGAGUAGAAAUCAGAUAUAAGUAAAGAAAGAUAGAUUAAUGAAAAGGUCAGGAAUUUUAUGAUUACCAAGUCAGGGGUGACCAAGCUUGUACAUCCUUGUGUAGUCAUGUUGGACAUCAUCACUCUGCAAUCAUGUUCUGAAACAGUAGGAUGAUAUACAAGAAAUACAAGUAUAUGCAGUACUGACACAUACAACAAGUAAAUAUACUGUCUUAACUAAUAAGAGCUAAAAUGAGU